AACUUAAUUAUAUCUUGCAGCAUUUUAUAUAUAUAGAUAAAUUGAUUUGGUUAUCAAGCUAGGCUAGCUAAACUUAAUUAUUUCAUUAUUCAUAAGCGAUUGAUCGAUAAUGGGUACCAAAGAAAUCGAUAAGUCACCUCAAGUAUUGGCUGAUGAGACGGCGCCGUCGACAGCAGUAGUAAAAAGUAGCAAGAAGCAGCUUGGUAUGUAUUUCGUUGAAUCUGAUAACAGGCAUACUGCUUCCCCUUUUGCUGGAGGCUAUUCCACUCUUGGUACCACGCCAGUUAAUAUCCACGGCAAGCCUAUCACUGAUCUCUCCAAAACCGGAGGCUGGUUUGCUGCUUUCUUCAUUUUCGGGAAUGAAAUGGCAGAAAGAAUGGCUUAUUUUGGGUUGUCGGUGAACAUGGUGGCUUUUAUGUUUUACGUUAUGCACCGACCUUUCACUAGUUCAGCAAAUGCUGUCAAUAAUUUCUUAGGAAUAUCACAAGCUUCCUCCGUCGUUGGUGGUUUUUUGGCUGACGCGUAUCUUGGUCGAUAUUGGACUAUCGCUAUAUUUACUACCAUCUACCUUGUGGGUUUAACAGGAAUUACAUUAUGUGCCACCUUGAAUGUACUGGUGCCAAAACAAGAGAAUUGUAACCAGCUUUCCUUGUUAUUGGGAAACUGUGAAGAUGCAAAACCAUGGCAAAUGUGGUAUCUGUAUGUCGUUCUUUAUGUGACUGGGUUUGGAGCAGCUGGUAUUAGGCCUUGCGUAUCUUCUUUUGGAGCGGACCAGUUUGAUGAAAAGAGCAGAGAUUACAAUUCCAACCUCGAUAGGUUCUUCAAUUUUUUCUACCUCUCUGUGACUCUUGGGGCAAUUGUGGCCUUUACCGCUGUUGUCUACAUUCAGAUGGAACAUGGAUGGGGUUUUGCCUUUGGUGCUUUGGCCGUAGCCAUGGCAAUAUCCAAUAUGGUAUUCUUCCUUGGUACUCCUUUAUACAGACAUAGAUUGCCUGGGGGCAGCCCUUUGACACGUGUGGCCCAAGUCCUCGUUGCUGCUUUUCGAAAACGGAAUGCUUCCUUUGAUAAUAGCGAAUACGUUGGGCUAUAUGAGCUUCAAGGGAAAAGGUGUGCUAUCAAAGGCAGCGCUAAAAUAGCUCAUACAGAUGAUUUUAGAUGUCUGGACAAAGCAGCCCUGAGACUGAAGGAAGAUGAGACAGAUAUGAGUCCAUGGCGACUUUGCACUGUGACGCAAGUGGAAGAAGUUAAAAUUCUGUUGAAGCUGAUUCCAAUCCCAACCUGCACUAUAAUGCUAAGUGUGAUCUUAACAGAGUAUCUCACUCUAUCAGUACAACAGGCAUAUACACUAAACACACAUAUGGGCCGCCUAAAACUUCCAGUAACAUGCAUGCCGGUUUUUCCAGGCCUCAGCAUUUUUCUUUUGCUGUCUCUCUACUACACCGUCUUUGUUCCCAUCUCUAGACGCAUCACAGGCCAUCCACGUGGGGCCUCUCAGCUUCAGAGGGUGGGCCUUGGUUUAGCCAUCUCAAUCCUAUCCGUGGGUUGGGCUGGCGUCUUUGAGAGAUACAGAAGGUAUUAUGCGUUAAGAGAAGGUUACGAGGCAAGUUUUUUAAGUCCAAUGCCCGGGUUGAGUGCUUACUGGCUGUUGAUCCAGUACUGCCUCAUUGGGCUGGCUGAGGUUUUUUGCAUAGUCGGCUUAUUGGAGUUUUUGUAUGAGGAGGCCCCUGAUGCUAUGAAAAGUGUAGGUUCAGCUUAUGCUGCUGUAGCUGGUGGUUUAGGCUGCUUUAUCGCUACUAUUAUAAACAACAUUGUCACCUCUUUAACAGGAAAUGAAGCGAAAAGAAAAAGUUCAUGGCUGUCACAGAAUGUAAAUACUGCAAGAUUUGAUUAUUUCUAUUGGCUUCUUACGGGUCUCAGUAUUAUCAAUUUCGUAGUGUUUGUGUACGCAGCACGCAAGUACAAGUAUAGAGUCAAGCACAAGCAGCUUUCACAUCAAUAGCUACGUAAUGAUGUCUAGGGUGUUAGAGAUUCUGCGACUAAUUAAAAUGUAUAAUGACUCCCAGAAAAUAUAUAGAAAAUGAUCUUUCAAGCUA